AUGCCCGAGAAACACCCAAACAGCUCCUCCAAAAACAAGUCGGCUGAAUAUCCUCGUGUCCCAGCACCAGUGGGAGGCUUUCUCGGAUGGUUAGCUGGAAAGCGCGGCCAUGAUCAUCGCAAGUCCACCGUGAGCAGUCGUGCAAAGGAUAAUUCAGACCGUCGGCAAGAGCUUUCAUCGAUCGCCAAAGGGAAACAACCAGUUCGCACCGCAGAGGGACAUCAAGCAGGGAAACAGGAAAGAGAGGGCCAGGGAGGGCAUCGGGUUUAUGCUCACACCCCGGCCAAUCCGCCCAAACCCGUCUCUUUGGGGUCUCAGGUGAGAAAUGUGCCCACCUCUUCGGCGGCUGGGCGUACUCGCGCAGGCCCCUCGAAAAUCUAUGGGCGAAAGUUGUCAAGCUCUAUCGCUUCCUCUCGUCAAGCUACGGGGUCAAGCGCUCGUGCCGGGUCCUAUGAGCCUCUGAUGUCGGGUGCCCUUCAAGCCCCGGAUCAGCCUUCCUCCGUAGGCAGCGAGAAUUCGGGGAACAGUGGAUUCAGCGCUACCUCCAGCACCGCUGCUGUCUGCGGGUUAAGAGUCACGGACCGGGUUCAGACCCUCUCCCCCGUAAUCAAUGAGAACUGUGGUGGAAACGGGUUCAGCGCUACCUUCAGCACCGCCGGUGCCUGCAAGUCCAGUCUUGAAGCCCGGGUUGAGAUCUGCCCCGUACCAAACGAGAGUGGGUAUGAAAGCGGCUUCAGCGCUGGCUUCAGCACCCAUGGUGCCGCGGGAUCCAAAGUCGUGGACCGGGACGAACUCGGCAGCGACGUGGAAUCUUUGGGUCACGAUGAAGCCUCCGAUCAAGACACUGGCAGUGAAGACGCCGAUCCAGACUCCAUGUUGUCCAGUGAUGUCUCCGGGGGGGUUCCAAUAUAUGCUAGCACCACCCACGCAGACCGGCCGCCUCACCACCACAACAUCAACGCGGCAUUGAACAACCUCAAAAUCAAGGACGACUGCUGUCUGAUCUGUCACAAACGCAUGCACAAGGACGGGUUCUCCUGCCCCGGCGGAUGUGGCACACUGUAUCAUGACAACUGUGUCUCAGACUGGCGCACCCCAAGAAGUGCCGAGAACCAAGAGCCCUGUCCGUGUCCGACGUGCUGGCAGGACAUCUUUCAAGAGAACUGCGCGGUCUGUGGAAAGCCCAUCGUAGACUACGAGUUCUGCUGUCCCCAGCAAUGCGGAGCGUGGCUUCACGAGGCUUGUGUGGAGCGCUGCGUCGACCAGUGCCGCUCGACAUAUGCCAAUCAAAACAUGCCGUGUCCCGGGUGUAGCGCGCCGUGGCCUAAACAUAUCGACGAGGAGGCGGAGUGUCCGAUCUGCUUUCUAGCCAUGAACGAGAAUCUCCAGGAUGUGACCCAAUGCCCGGCGCUAUGCAAGCAGAAUUACCACUCGGAGUGUAUCAAUGCCUGGCUUGACAGCGUCGAGCCCAAUGGCCGGGCGAGAGCGUGUCCCAAGUGUCGAGCUCCGUGGGUCCCUAUUUCCGGGAAUUGA